AUGGAAGAACAGCAGCCGGAGCCUAAAAGUCAGCGCGACUCGGGCCUCGGCGCGGUGGCAGCGGCGGCGGCGGUGGUGGCGGCGGCGGCCCCGGGCGGCCUCAGCCUGAGUCUCAGCCCAGGAGCCAGCGGCAGCAGCGGCAGCGAUGGAGACAGCGUGCCGGUGUCCCCGCAGCCAGCGCCCCCGUCGCCUCCUGCGGCACCCUGCCUGCCGCCCCUGGCCCAUCACCCGCACCUCCCCCCGCAUCCCCCGCCCCCGCCGCCACCGCCGCCGCCGCCGCCACCGCAGCAUCUCGCGGCGCCUGCUCACCAGCCGCAGCCCGCGGCCCAGCUGCACCGCACCACCAACUUUUUCAUCGAUAACAUUCUAAGGCCCGAUUUUGGUUGCAAAAAGGAACAGCCCCUGCCGCAGCUCCUAGUGGCUUCGGCUGCAGCCGGAGGAGGCGCAGCAGGAGGUGGAAGCCGCGUGGAGCGUGACCGAAGCCAGACUGGUGCAGGUAGAGACCCUGUCCACUCUCUGGGCACACGAGCUUCGGGCGCUGCCUCGCUCUUGUGUGCUCCAGAUGCGAACUGUGGCCCACCCGACGGCUCCCAGCCCGCCACCGCCGUCGGCGCGGGCGCAUCCAAAGCCGGGAACCCGGCUGCUGCGGCGGCUGCUGCCGCGGCAGCGGCUGCGGCGGCAGUGGCAGCGGCGGCGGCCGCAGCAUCGAAGCCCUCGGACAGUGGCGGUGGCAGUGGAGGAGGCAGCGCAGGAAGUCCUGGGGCGCAGGGCGCCAAGUUCCCGGAACACAACCCCGCGAUCCUACUCAUGGGUUCGGCUAACGGUGGGCCGGUAGUCAAGACUGACUCGCAGCAACCCCUGGUCUGGCCCGCCUGGGUCUACUGCACACGCUACUCGGACCGUCCAUCCUCUGGUCCACGCACCAGGAAGCUAAAGAAGAAAAAGAAUGAGAAGGAAGACAAGCGGCCGCGGACGGCGUUCACGGCCGAGCAGCUGCAGAGACUCAAGGCGGAGUUCCAGGCAAACCGCUACAUCACGGAGCAGCGGCGACAGACCCUGGCCCAGGAGCUCAGCCUGAACGAGUCCCAGAUCAAGAUCUGGUUCCAAAACAAGCGUGCCAAGAUCAAGAAAGCCACCGGCAUCAAGAACGGCCUGGCGCUGCACCUCAUGGCCCAGGGACUGUACAACCACUCUACCACCACGGUCCAGGACAAAGACGAGAGCGAGUAGCUGUGGCCAGCUCCGGGGCCCGCGGUCUAUCGGCGCUCGUGCCACCUCCAGGCUCCACCGGGCUGCCGCUUCACCGGGCCCACUCCGCCAUGCAGAGACGAUCGCUAAGGAGGGAGGCAUCAAUCUCAAUGGUUCAGAGAAAGCGAGCAAGAAAAAGCAAUCCUCCGAGUGGACAUUCACAUUGGAACAAAACGGUUUUUGAAACGGGAGAAAGACUCGGACAGGUGCUAUGGGGGAAAAAUAAAGAUCUAUUCUCUAACUCACUGUAUAAAUGAAACUGCGAAUUCCUUAAAGCUCUAUCUAGCCAAACUGCUUACGACCGUGUAUAUAUUUAAUUUCAGGUAAGGAAAACAAAUAUGUGUAGCGAUCUCUAUUUGCUGGACAUUUUUAUUAAUCUCAUUUAUUAUUGUUAUAAUUAUUAUAAUUAUUAUAAUUAUUUUAUCCCUCCUCCCUACCUUGCUGCUCCCCCCAGCCCAGUUUCGUUUUCGUUGCUCUUUUCCUUUGAAUGUUUUUGCUUCUCUGGGUACCUCCUGCACCCCCAAUGCUGGCCCUGGUUUCUCUGGGACUUUUCUUUGUGUGAGUGUGAGUGUGUUUCCUUGCGUGUCGCCCCUCCUCUACCCACCCAGAAUUCUUCUAUUGGUCUUGUCUAUCCUUCCCCUAAGUCCCUUUCCUUUUCCGGAGACUCCUUGAGAAAUACAACCCCACAGACUGCGAGACUGAACCGCCGCUACAAGCCAAAGAUUUUAUUAUGUUCAGAAACCUGUAGUCUGGAAUAAAAUGUUCACUGUGUUCACGA